AUGCUGGAGAACUACAGCAACCUUGUCGCAGUGGGCUAUUGUUUUACCAAACCAGAGGUGAUCUUCAGGUUGGAGCAAGGAGAGGAGCCAUGGAUACUGGAGGAGGAAUUCCCAAGCCAGAGGUUUCCAGACAUCUGGAAACCUGAUUACAUGACAGAGAGAAGCCAAGAGGUGUUCAUUAAUAACAAAACACUAAUUAAAGAACAAAGUAAUGUAAUACGAAAACCAUAUAGCUUGGAUACAGAUUUUUUUACUUCCAGAAAAAUACUCUGUCAGUAUGACUCAUGUGGAAUGAGUUUCAACUGUAUUUCAGGAUUGAAUAUCAAUAAGAAAAACUACUUAGGAAAGAAGACUGAUGAAUUUAAUGCUUGUGGAAAGUUACUAUUCAAUAUUAUACAAGAGAAAACUCAUACUAGAGAGAAAAGUGAAUUUUUAAAAAAUGGGAAAACUUUCAGUCAUAAUGAGGACCCUAUUCAACAUGAGAAGGUUCAAACUUUGCAGCAAAAUUCUGAAUUAAACACAUAUCGAGAAACCUUUUUUGAAAAGGCAAUAUUUAAUAUGCACAAGAGACAGAUCACAGAUGGGAAUGACUGUGAAUAUAACGAAUAUGGAAGAACAUCCUGUGAGAACCCAUCCUUCUUAUUACAUCAGAUAAUGCCCUUAAAGGAAAAUCACUAUAAACUUAGUGUUUGUGGGAAAUCCUUAUGUGUGAAUUCUACACUUUUAAAGUCUCAUGGGUCAUAUAUGAAACACUGUGAUUAUAAUGAAAAUGGAAAUAAUUUCAGGAGGAAAUUAUACCUCUCACAACUUCGGAAAACUCAUAAAGGAGAGAAACACUUUGAAUGUAAUGUAUGUGGGAAAACUUUCUGGAUGAAGUCACACCUCACUCGACAUCAGAGGAUACAUACAGGACAGAAAAGCUUUCAAUGUAAUGAAUGUGGAAAAAAGUUUUGGGAGAAGUCAAACCUCACUAAACAUCAGAGGUCACACACAGGGGAGAAACCCUAUGAAUGCAAUGAAUGUGAGAAAGCCUUCAGCCACAAGUCAGCCCUCACAUUACACCAGAGAACACAUACAGGGAAGAAACCCUAUCGAUGUAAUGCAUGUGGGAAAACUUUUUACCAGAAGUCAGAUCUCACUAAACAUCAGCGAACACACACAGGUCUGAAACCCUAUGAAUGCUAUGAAUGUGGGAAGUUCUUCUGUAUGAAUUCACAUCUCACAGUGCACCAGCGAACGCAUACAGGCGAGAAACCCUUUGUAUGCCCUGAGUGUGGGAAAUCUUUCUGUCAGAAGUCACAUCUUACACAACAUCAGAGAACUCACAUAGGGGACAAACCCUAUGCAUGUAAUACAUGUGGCAAAGCUUUUUACCAAAAGUCUGUACUCACCAGGCAUCAGAUAAUUCAUUCUGGGUUGAAACCUUAUGAAUGUUACAAAUGUGGAAAAACCUUCUGCUUGAAGUCUGACCUCACAGUACAUCAGAGAACUCACACAGGGGAGAAACCCUUUGCAUGUCCUGAAUGUGGGAAGUUCUUCAGCCAUAAAUCCACCCUCUCUCAACAUUAUAGAACACAUACAGGAGAUAAACCCUAUGAAUGUCAGGAAUGUGGUAAAAUAUUCUACAAUAAAUCAUACCUAACAAAACAUAAUAGAACACAUACAGGGGAGUAA